CAUGGCGUCGCACUGACAGCUGUGUGGCUUCCAUUAUCUGGUCGGCCACUGAUAAACAGGAGUUGGACCACCGACAGAGCCUUUUUUCUCCAAUUCAUUUUGUUUAUCGGCCUAGCUCAGACUCCGAUCUCAGUUGCAAAAGGCAGUUCUCGAUGAAACUAUGAAAAUAUAACGCAUUAGUUGCCAGAGUCACGCCCACUCUGUUUGGAAAAGACGGGAGAGAAAGAGCUCAACAUUAGCUAGCUAACAGUUAGCUAGCCAGCUAACCUGCAGACUCUGGGCUGCUGACCCGGGCGGCGUUCAUUGACAGAGCUAACUUUGCUAGCUAGUUAUUAUAGUGGUGUUAUUCCCUGUGCUGACAGCAGAAUGUCUGUUGUGUAGAGCGCUGCCGUAACCACGGGUACUUGAUUUUUUAAUGUUCGACCUGUUUCGGUUUUUUUUCGGAGGAGAGAGAGAUGGGCUCGGGGGCCGUGGAUUCGUCCCAGUGGCUGUCAGUGAAGGAAGAGACGAUUUUUCUUCACGAUGGACUGAUUCGGGUCACGGACCUGGCCGAGCUGCCCAGUGAAAUAGGGGUUUCGGAACAGGGAGACACCGAACAGGAGAUCCUGACCUUCGAGACCAAGAACCCGGCGGAGCUCGCCGAGCGCCUCCGUGCCGUCUGCGGCAACCAGAGCAACGCCUAUGCCCGGCUGCUGGAGUACCGGCUCAACGCCCUGCGCGGCCUGUGGGGGGCGCAGCGGCAGCUGGCCCUGGAGGAGCAGCAGGAGCGCGAGGGCGCCGGCGGCGACGAGGAGACGCUGGCCCUGCUGAAGCGGCAGGGCCUGCUGCAGCAGCCCGAGCAGGCGCCCUUCACCUCGCGCAUGGGCCUGCUGCUCGUCUUCCCGCUGCUGCAGUCGCAGUCGCGCAGCGACCCCGCCCUCUGCAGCAUCACCGCCGAGGUGCUGCUGGCCUGCCUGCGCGACUGCCAGCCCCUCAGCCUGAGCAAGGAGCCGGCCGACUGCCUCAACGGCCUGGAGAGCCUCCUGUGCUCCUGGCUGGAGGAGGAGCCUCCCCAGCAGCAGCAGCAGCAGCAGCAGCAGCGGCCCUCCACUCCCCAGCUCCAUGGACACAGGCAGAGGGAGAACGCCGCCGCCGCCCUGGUGGCGCUUGCCUGCGCCAGGGGGUCGUUGAAGACCUUCAUCCACACCGUUCAUCUCCUGCAGAAACAGACUGUCCUGGGCCAGCUGCCUGUAGCCGACGUGUUGCACAGGCUCCUGGUACUGGAGGGGGGUCCAGGAUCUCCGUCCUGUCUGCUGGGGGGCAAGCACAGCGUCUCCUGGGGCUUCGAGGACAUGCUUCCUGCGCCAGACAGCAGCGCUGCAGGUGCUGAAAGUAAAGAUACGGACCUGGGGCGGUGCCUGGCCACAGACGGGCUCUAUCUGUACACCACCAACUCCUUCGGGAAGGGGAUCAGCAAGCUGGGCUCAGGACUGCAUGGGACUCUGCGGGGUUUUGUAUACUGCCGGAAUGAGGAACUGGAGCCUGGGUGGGUGGUGUUUGGCAGCGGUCGGCUCAUGCACCGCCCUGCCUCCUUUGACACCAAGCCUCAUCAGCUGUGCCAGGUCAUCGACCCCUUCACCCUUCAGGUGUGCCAGAUCGUGUCCAUGCCCUCCCACCACUUCCCUGUGGGCGGCAGUAUGACCACCUUGCACCUCUGCUCUGACGGAUCCUACCUUUACUGGAUCUGGUCCCCCGCGAGCCUCAACGAGAAGACGCAGAAAGGCCACUCGGUCUUCAUGGACGUCUUUCAGCUGACGACGCAGACGGGCCUGUGUGUGGCCGAGGUGCUGCAGGAGAGGGUCAUCCUGACGCGGAAGGAGGGCGAGUCGUCCAAGUGUCUGAACGACCUGCUGCUGAGCCGCAUGUCGCGCUUCCGCGCCUCGCACUCCGCCACGCUGGCCGCCCUCACCGGCUCCACCAUCACCAACACGGUCAAGGAGGAGCAGUCCGCGGUGAACACCAGCUGUGGCCUGCCCCUCAAGACGCUGCGCAAGACGCCCAUGUACGUCUGCGGGACAUAUCUGGUGAUGCUGGCAUCGCCCCCGGGGGUGUCGGGCAGCUCCGCCACGCGCUCUCUCUUUGGAGGCACCAGUGGCCUGUCCUCUCUCAAAAUCCUGGCAUCUAGCCUGGUGUUCAAUCUAGCUGAUGGGCAGUUCAGCAGCCGUGCGGACCUCAUCGAUGCCCCGGGCAGCUCACUGGGCCGGGGGGCACAGGUGCCUGGGCUGGGGGCCUGCUAUGAUGCACUCAAUAACUUGAUAUGGACCUGCUCCAGUGACUACAUGGACCAGUGGUAUAAUCCUGGCAACCAGGCCUUCCAUCAUGUGUGCCACAGGCUGGGUGUCAGCCACAUCAUCAAAGAGCCCAAAGAGGAGACGGUGGCCACCGGCGAGGUGAUCAAUCAGCUGCUGCACCACGUGGGAGCCAUGUGCAUCCACCAGCUGAACGUGCUUGCCGCCAGCAGCAGCAGCCUGCCAAUCGGAGCCUUCCUGGGCAAGCAGCACCCAAUCGAGGCGCAGCACUUCAGCAGCAUCUGUGACAUCAUGGAGAAAGCCAUGGUCAACGGGGACACGUGCAUCAUCCGCUGCAUCCUGGUGGUGUUCCAGGUGGUGUUCAGGUUCUUCAACCCCCAGUCGGAGCAGAACCGGGAGAGCGUACGCCGCUCUGGCCUGCUUCUCUGGCAACUGCUUAUGGCGCCAGUGGAUCAGAUCGGAGCCGAGAUUCAGGGGGAGGUGUGCCUAGCCAUCAGCUCGGGGCUGAACACCUUGUAUCAGGGGGAGACAGAGCUCAACAACCUACUAAAGCUGGUGCUGACAGAAGGGGAGCGGAACAGCGGCCUGUCCCAGCUCCGCGAUGUGAUCCUCACCAACCUGGCCGACCAGCUGCAGAAGAACCGCUUUGGGAGUGAAGAUGAUGACCACUACAGGCUGAGUGAUGAACUAUUGCACUAUAUUCUGAAGACUGUGGUCCGCGAGUCCUGCCUCCUUAUCACCAAGUGUCAAACUGUCACCAAGGACGACUUCCAGAAGCUGCUGUCCACCGUGCCAGUGGCCUCGCCUAGCCUGCGCUACCUCAUGGCUGUUCAGAACCACCUGCUCAGCAACACGGUUCUGAUCCGGCCCGAUGAGAACGAUGACAGUGACAGCUCCCUGCAAGGGGAAACAAUGAAGGACCUGCAGACCAGCAUCUUAUCCCUGGCCACCAAGAUCUUGGUAGGCUGUGACGAGGUCCUGGAGACCCUUCAGCAGGUGACCACUGCCCUCAUCAACAGUGACAUCCCAGACCGGGAGAGCAGGCUGAAGGGGCUAGAGCAGGUGACGAAGGCCACCAUGCUGGGCCACCUGCUGCCGGUGCUGCUCACCUCGCUGAUGCACCCCAACCUGCAGACGCUCACGCUGGCCGACGCCCUCAUGCCGCAGCUCGUCCAGCUCGUUCUCUACACCAGCCAGACUGCUCUGCUACUGAAGACCCAGUCCCCUCUCUUUAGUGACGGUGCUACACUAUCAGGGGGAUCCUUUGGGCAGAGGGGAAAGUUGCCUCCUGCUGAUGACAGCUUUCGGAUCCUGGAGGAGCGGGAGGAGCCGGGCUUCCUGACGGGGCUGAAGAUCCCGGCCCCCUGGGCGGCGGGGAAGACGGUGGAAACGGUGCACCCGGUGCGGGACAACUACAAGUUCAAGGAGACGGUGCACAUCCCCGGGGCGCGCUGCCUCUACCUGCGCUUCGACCCCCGCUGCUCCUCGCAGUACGACUACGACAAGCUGGUCAUCUACGCUGGGCCUAACACUAACAGCCGUAAGGUGACUGAGUACGGAGGCAACACUCUGGGCUAUGGCAGCCGCAGCGUCCUGGGGACCGGCUGGCCGAAAGACCUGGUGAAGGUGGAGGGCGACACGGUGACAUUCUCCUUUGAGAUGAGGAGCGGCCGCGAGCACAACACCCCGGACAAGGCCAUGUGGGGCUUCUCCUGCACCGUCCGAGCUCAGGAGUCCUCUGAGGACGUGUCUGGGGGACUGCCUUUCCUGGCUGACCUGGCUCUGGGCCUAUCAGUGCUGGCCUGCUCCAUGCUGCGCAUCCUGUAUAACGGUCCUGAGAUCACCCGUGAGGAGGAGGCCUGCCAGGACCUGCUGUGCUCCAAGCUGUUGCAGAGGUGCCAGUGGCAGGUGGAGGCCAACGGCGCCAUCUCGCCCGCCCUGACGCCCAGCCCCUCACCCCUGCCCCUCACCAUCGAGGAGGACCGGGAGUUCACCUACCCGUCUGACGCGCUCAUACCCCCGCCGGGGCUCAUGCCCGGGGCCUACUUCGACCUGCCGCGAAUCCGUCUGCCCCCGGGAAUCAUGGGCCGUCUGCGGGAGAUCUCAGGGAGGGCGCGGCCACAGUUCCGACCCAGCAUCAAGGAGGUGAUCCGGCCAGACGUGAUGGAAGAGGUCAUCGUCUCCUGCGUAAUCAAGCACCUGACGCUGGUGGACGCCCUGCAGUCGCUGGUUAACUUCCAGUACCGGGAGGAGCACGCCGAGGAGCACGACUUGCUCUGCAAGAUCAUGGCCGAGACCUUCAAGAAGAUCAACGCCAUGGAGAGGCAGCUGCAGAGCGUGGCGGAGCUGGAGCAGAAGUGGCAGAACGAGGUAGAGGAGGCCCAGCAAGGAAAGCUAGAGAACAACACCCCCUUUUUCCACGACUACCACUUCUUUGAGAACAAAAUGAAGGAGCUGGAGCUGCUCUGCUCCCUGAAGGAAGUGCCAUUAGACUGCAGUGACUUGGAAAACGUUGUCCUGGCCUUGAGGGAGAAGUUCUUCCAGGAGGUGAACUCCCUGCAGCAUAGGAGUGCAGCCCCUCUGGCCAAGACCAAGGCUCUGGUGAAAAGCCUGAUGAACCGUACUGAGCUGCUGCUGCACGUCACCAUCGCCCCCCACUGCCGCAGUCUGACUGGGACCCCCGCAGGCACCCCAGCCUGCAAGUCUGUGUCCGACACAAAGACCAUGGUGCCCACAGUGAAGCAGCCUGUCUUCCUGCGCAGCAUGUCUGCCCCCUCUGACCUGGAAAUGAUCGCAAACCAGGACCUAGAGUUCACCCACGGCAGCCAGAGGAGGCGCCACCACCCCACCAGUCAUCGCAGCAGCUCCUUCACCCUCUUGCAGUCAUUGGCCAUUGAGGACAGCAGGGACAAGCCCACUUACAGCGUGUUGCUGGGACAGCUCUUCGCCUUCAUUGGCACCACUCCUGACCAAGCUGUGUCCAGCAGCAGCUUCCUGUCAGCUGCGCAGACGCGGUGGAGGCGUGGCAGCACACGCAAGCAAGCUCUGGUGCAUAUGAGAGAGCUGCUGACAGCCGCUGUCAGAGUGGGCGGGGUCACUCACCUGGUGGGGCCUGUCACCAUGGUUCUUCAGGGCGGGCCCAGGAUCGAGGAGCUGACGUGCGGGGGCAUGGUGGAGCAGGUGCAGGAGGCCUUCGGGGAGACCAUGACGUCAGUGGUGUCGCUGUGCGCCCGCUACCCCAUCGCCUGCGCUAACAGCAUCGGCAUGCUCUGCACCAUCCCGUACACCAGGAGCGAGGAGCAGUGCCUGGUUCGCAGCGGCCUGGUGCAGCUGAUGGACCGGCUCUGCAGCCUGAGCGGGCAGAGGGAGUGCAGCUCCAACGAGAAGCAGACCAAGAAGCAGAAGGUGGCCACCAUGGCGUGGGCGGCCUUCCAGGUGCUGGCCAACCGCUGCAUCGAGUGGGAGAAGGUGGAAGGUGGCUCCACUGAUGCGGUGCAUUCUGGCCUGGCGCGGCAGGUGUCCAGCCUACUGACCAAUCACCUGGCCCGAGCCACAGAGUGCUGUGGGAACCAGGCAGCUGGAAAUGACGCAUUGCAGGAUGUUCUAAGCCUCCUAAAUGAUCUGUCCAGGAGCCACAUCGGGAAGGCCAUCCUGAGCCAGCCGGCCUGCGUGUCCAAGCUGCUGUCGCUGCUGCUGGACCAGCGGCCCUCGCCCAAGCUGGUGCUGAUCAUCCUGCAGCUGUGCCGGGCCGCGCUGCCCCUCAUGAGCGUGGAGGACUGCGGCAACGUGGCGCUGCCGCCCUGGAGCUACUCCAUCCACACGCUGGACGCCGAGCAGCAGGACGCCAGCGACCCCGCCUCCCGCAUCGCCUCCCUGCUGCUGGCCAAGCUGGCAGACUACGUGGUGCCAGGCUGCCAGACCCUUCUGUCCCCGAGCUCGUCGGAGCCAGACACGAGCCUGACCCGCGCCAGCCCCAAGAGCACCCUGAAGACGGACAAGGACGUGGGGGAGGAGGGUGAGGCAGUGGACGGCAAGCUGUCCAUCUUCAUCCACAAGAGGGAGGACCAGUCCUCUCACGAAGUCCUGCAGCCGCUGCUCAGCAGCUCAGAGGGCCGGCCGUUCCGCCUGGGCACUGGAGCCAACAUGGAGAAGGUGGUGAAGAUGGACCGAGACAUGACUAAGAGCGGGAGCUGUGAGGUCAUCACAGAGGAGGCAGCAGCAGCGCUGCGCAAAGCCACCAAGUGGGCCCAGUCGGGCCUCAUCGUCAGCGUGGGGCCUCCGGUGGAGGCGCUGGCCCAGGAGAGCGCCGGAGGGGUCACCACUGGUGACAAGAAGAAGACUGCCCAGACUGCUGUCUGCAGGGAGAGGAACUCCGAACUGGCAAGGUCAGACCCCGUCAGGCCCUUCAUAAGCGGCCAUGUGGCCAACAGCAUGGCCGCCGAGGUCAUAGCCCUGCUGCACAGCCUGCUCACCGCCCCCGAGUCCAACACCGCCCAGAUCUGGACCUCCACUGCAGAGAAGGUGCUGUCGCGGGCGCUCAUGUUCAUCCCUCAGCUGGGGAAGUAUGCGGAGAGCAUCCUGGAGAACGGCAGCAGCAGCGGCAGGAAGCUGGCCAAGCUGCAGGCCAUCGGCAGGCAGGCGGUGGCCGCGCUCUGCGCUCUGGGUGGCUUCAAGGAGACCAUUAAGAUCGGCUCUGAGGUCCAGGUGGUGGGCAAAGGCGUGCUGGGCAGCGUGGGCGUGGUCAUGUCCAUCAACGAGCAGGAGGGCAUCGCCACCGUCAAGUUCCCGUCCUGCGAUUACCGGAAGACGUGCAAGGCCUCCGACGUCCUGACGGUGCCCAUCUCCCGACUCUGCACUCCGCGCUCCGAGGCCCUGCCCCUAUAUAAACUGUCCAUCACUGAGAAGGUGGUGCAGGCCGUGCAGUCCAUGCUGCUGCCACAAGAGGGCAGCCUCUCCAUCCACACCUCUCUGCCUGCCACUGGCGAUGGCUCCAGCCCUGUCAUGGCGGCUGUCCGGCUGCUGGCUGAAAUCCGGACCAGGGCGUGUCUGGUGAUGGCCCAGCUGCUAGAGGACAGCUCCUUCUGUGAGGAGUUCAUCCAGCAGUGCCCGGCCGCCGUGGAGGUGCUCAACCUGGUGGCCCAGGAGUGCAGCCCAGGGGAACGGCUGGGAGUGGUGGAGGCCCAAUGUGAAAGAGUGAGGAUGCUGUAUCGGGACUGUGCCCGUCCCCCGCCCCCGCCCCUCCAGACAGACAGGAGACAGCCGAAGGAGAUCACGUGGUGUCCGUCCCGGGUCUUCCCGCCGGUGCGCGCCUGCAUGUUCUCCUCCCGGUUGACCUCCGUCACCUUCCUAGCCGACCCCAGCGCUGGAGGGGGCUUGCCCAGGGGCACCUUCAUCUACGCCACCUCGCCUGUGCCCAUUCAGGCUCCUUCCUUCUACUGGGAGAUUGAGAUUGUUUCCUAUGGAGACUCGGACGAUGACAGUGGCCCCAUUGUGUCCUUCGGCUUCGCCACUGAAGCGGAGAAGAGGGACGGGGCCUGGACCAACCCUGUUGGCACCUGCCUGUUCCACAACAAUGGCAGAGCAGUGCACUAUAACGGCUCCAGUCUGCUGCAGUGGAAGAGUGUGAGGCUGGAUGUAGCCCUGCUUCCAGGUGACGUGGCUGGGAUUGGCUGGGAGCGCUCAGAAGGCACCCCACCUCCACCGGGGCAGGCCUCCAAGGGGCGUGUGUACUUCACCUACUGUGGCCAGCGCCUCAGUCCUUUCCUGGAGGACGUGGCUGGAGGCAUGUGGCCCCUGGUGCACAUCCAGAAGAAAAACACGAAGAUCCGCGCCAACUUCGGCUGCCGGCCAUUCGCGUACGCCGAGGGCCAGGCGCACCGCAACGCCGCCGACCUCUGCGUGGACCUGGCGGAGGAGAUCAGCGCCAACUUCGAGGCCCUGCCCUUCGCCAUGGCGUCGGACAGCGACAACGACGCGGGCGCCAGCGUGGCGUCCGACUCGGGCUCCCAUGGGCCCCCCUGCCGCAUCGCCGCCGUGGCCACCGCCCAGCAGCAGUACAACAGCGACUCAUCCUGCUACUACAAGGUGGAGCUGAGCUACGAGAACCUGGUAACCUCAGGGCCCGACCCUCACCCCCCGCCCAUUGCUGACGACGAGAGCGACGAUGAGGACGAUGAUGAUGUGCCCAGGGAAGACCACUAUGCCCUGCUGGUGAAGGCCUGGGAGACGAAGGUGUUCCCCACAAUCCGCCGACGCUUCCGCAAUGAGGCAGAGAGGAAGUCUGGCCUUGACCAGAUAAAGGGUGCUCUGCAGCUGGGCAUGGUCGACAUCGCUCGGCAGACUGUGGAAUUCCUCUAUGAAGAGAAUGGGGGGAUUCCCCGAGACUUAUACCUCCCCACCAUCGAGGACAUCAAGGACGAGGCCAACAAGUUCACUAUCGACAAAGUCCGUAAAGGUCUGACGGUGGUCAUACGCUGUCCGGACAGCAACAACACCAACAGCAGCACGGGAGGCACAGCCCUGCCUAAGUUUGCCAUCCGCGGCAUGUUGAAGACAUUUGGGCUGCAUGGAGUGGUCCUGGAUGUUGACUCGAUGAAUGAAUUGGUACAGGUGGAAACAUAUUUGCGCAGUGAGGGGGUCCUGGUGCGAUACUGGUACCCCAUAGAGAUGCUAGAGCGUCCUCCCGCUGGCUCCCGCCGCACUGCUGCCAACGGCCUGGUUUCCCUGGACAGCAGCAAUAUCCAGAUCCACAGGGAGCUGCUGCGCUGUGAGGGGGCGCUUGCCCGGCUGUACUGCCGCAUGGCCCUGCUCAACAUCUUCGCCCCCAAGAGCCCCCACACCUUCACCCGCCUCUUCCACAUCCCUGCCAUCCGGGACAUCACUCUGGAGCACCUGCAGCUGCUGUCCAACCAGCUGCUGGCACCGCCCCUGCCAGAUGGCACCAUCAGCUCCAGUUCCAUCUUGCUGGCCCAGUCGCUGCUCAACAACCUCCAAGGCCAGAGCUGCUCUCCCACUGACCUCUUCUACCAAGGUAACGCGCAGCCUAUCCGUGAGUGGCUGACUGUGGCGAUCACCCGAGCCCUGCACCAGGGGGAGGAGAGCCUGCUCGAGCUCACCAAGCAGAUCUGCUCCUUCCUGCAGAAUGCCCCGGAGCAGUUUACCUCAGAGGAGUUCCCCAUCUCGGAGUCAAAGGUCAGCAUGGACGUGAACUUCCCGGGGGCUGCGUUUGUGAUCAUCUCCUGCAAGGAGAGCCAGCUGGGAUGUCGCAAGGACUCCUCCCUGUACAAGGCCCCAUGGGCCCGGGUCAUGGUGUAUGGCCUGGGCCACAAGGUGCGCCGCAACGGUCAGCUCAACCUGAUGGAGGCGGUGUGCUACCCCUUGGACGCCUCUCCUUCCAACACGGGCCUCACCCCCCCGCCCACCACCAACCAGUACCCCUCUGUCAUUAUCCCCACCGACAAGGUGCACAUCAAACUAGGUGUGUCUCCCCCUCCUGGCGCGGUGCUGGUAUUGCACUCCCUGCCCCUGGAGUUCCCCUUGGCUAUGGCUUUUGCAGAGCAGCUGCUGACAUGGAAGCUGGGGGAGAGCAGCGAGCGCUCAGAGGAUGAGCUGGACACUGUGCCCUCCUCUGUGCUGCUGCAGGUGGUAGAGCUGCUAGGGGGCUUGCUGUGGACUACGGACUUGGCCCCCUGCAUCAAAGAGCUGACUUUCCACCUGCUGGCUGAGCUCUUCCGCAAGAUCCAUCACCUGGAGCAGCGAAAGAGCCCUUCGGGCUUGUCCAGCUCCAUUGCUCUGCUACUCAACCCCUGCCUGGCAGUGCUGAUGGCCCUGCAGACGGAGCUACGCAAGCUGUAUGACCGGGAGACUCAGGGCUGGGCAGCGGGCGGGGGCUGCGGCUCCGCAGCGGGCGGGGCCUUGGCUCUAGGGGCGGAGCAGAGCCGCUUCUCCACCUACUUCCACGCCCUGAUGGAGGUGUGCCUGGCCGUGGCCGAGGUCACCCUGCCCCUGAACGUGAGCGGGGCGGCCGUGGGCGCCCUCACCUCCAGCAGCGCCCCCAACCUCAGCGACUCCUCAUCAUCCUCGUCCUCCUCGCCGGGCCAGACCCCGCAAAGCCCCAGCCUGCUCUCCAAGCGCAAGAAGGUGAAGAUGAAGCGGGAGCGGGCGGCGGCGGCCGUGGCGGCGGUCACCCCGGGCAAGCGGGGCUCGGCGACCGGCGGCGCGCGGCUCUCGGAGAGCGACAGUGCCCUGCUCAACAUGGCCGCCGGCAAGCCCGAGGACAUGCUGUGGUUCCACCGGGCCCUCACCCUGCUCAUGAUCCUGCGCCACCUGGCCAACAAGGACCCGCAGGGGCUGGGUGUCACCAGCGACGCCGUGACCGACGCCUGCCAGGCCCUCGUGGGCCCCACGGCGCACAGCCGCCUGCUGGUGCUCUCCGGCAUCCCCACCCACCUGGAGGAGGCGGUGGUGCGGAGCGCCAUCCGCCGGGCCUGCAACGCCCACGGGGGCCUUUUCAAGGACGAGAUCUUCAUCCCACUGCAGGAGGAGGACCCCAAGAAGCCCAAAGGUGGGGCCGCACCCCCACUGGACAGCAAGGCGCCCUCCGACCCGGAGCGUCCCUUCCCGGCUGGCGGCAACGAAAGCCCGGACAGCUCCAGCAGCGUCACGCCCGCCAUGAGCGUCAGUGCUUCUGCCUCCACCAGCCAGACGUCCAUCUGCAGCUCCUCGCAGGGCGUCUCCCGCACUGCCAGCGAGCUCUCUGUCGACCAGGAGCUGCUGGCUGCCCCUGCCACCACCAUACCCGCCCAACAGCAGGGGGCGCUGGAUCCCCACACUGUGUCCAGUCAGGAGAGUCUGGACAUUUCUCUCUGCAGCACAGGAAGCCUUGGUAGUUUGGGAAGCCUAGGGGAGCCCCUGGACAGUGCCGAAACGGCCUCUGUUUCCGACGGAGGCUCCAUGUACACAGUGACGUCCCUGGACAACAACGCUGUCAUGGCCCGGCCCAUCAAAGGCUAUGCUGUCAUUGAGGUACGAGCCCGGGCGAAGGUGGAGAAGAUUCGAGCCAGCCUUUUCAAUAGUAGCGACCUGAUUGGCUUAUCCAGCCUGGAAGGGGAGGAGGAACUGAUGGAGAUGACGAAUGAGGAGAUCCUUACAGCCUCCAGCGUAAACCAGAGCCUGUUUGACACACAGGGAAGCUCUGCCCUGGAGGAUUACUUUAUGGACAAGUCCAUCAGAGGGGACAAGCUGGUGCCCGGCGCACGAGACGUGCUGACGGACAUCUUCAAGAGCUGCGUCCACUCGGAGCAGAUGCUGAGCCUCACCCCGGCCAAGCCCAUCAAGGUGUCCGACAUCUACCUGAGCAAGGAGCAGAUCAACUCCCAGACCCCCGGAAACCUGCUGCACGUCUUCUUCACCAACGUGCGGCCACCCAAGAAGGUGCUGGAAGACCAGCUUACGCAGAUCCUCAGAAAGUACGGCGCUCCCAAGCCCAACAAGAGCAAGUACAGCAAAGCGGGCAAGGAGCAGCACCAAGGUAAGGUGGUGAGCACCAAGAGGCCCAUCACCAAGCCCCCCACCAAGGAAAAGUCCGUGCUCAACAGCGUCAGGACGGCCCUGAGCGAGAAGAAGCCUGUAUUGAAGCCCAAGUCCCCUGAGAAGGCCAGACCAGAAGAGAAAGACACAGAGAAGUCCCCCGCCAAGAAGCAGGAAGUUCCUGAGGAGAAGUACUUGACGCUGGAGGGCUUCCAUAAAUUUGCGGUGGACCGGGCCAAGCAGGACAUCCGCAGCGUGUGGAGGGCUAUUCUGGCCUGUGGCUACGACCUGCACUUUGAAAGGUGCACCUGCAUCGAUACCCGCCAUGCCCAGAAGGCCUGCAGGAAGUGGAGCUUGGAGAUGGAUGUGGCGCUAGUUCAGUACAUUAACCGCCUGUGUCGGCACCUGGCCAUCACGCCCGCCCGCCUGCACCCCCAUGAGGUGUACCUGGACCCGGCCGACGCCGCUGACCCACGCGUGGCCUGCCUGCUUGGUGUGCCUGUGGAGAGCCUGCGUCUGCGCUUUGCUCUGCUGCAGUCCCUCAACAACAUGCUGGAGAGUUUCUUCCUCCCGCUGGUGGAGCUCCGGCAGACGCACACCUACCAGAACAGCAUCGCUGCCUUGCUAUGCGAGGCCAAGGGCCUGGUUUUCUACGACACCAAGGUGACCGUGAUGAACCGGGUCCUGAAUGCCACGGUUCAGCGCACGGCUGACCACGCAGCCCCCGAGAUAACUCUGGAUCCACUGGAGAUCGUGGGAGGAGAGAUCCGCUCCUCGGAGAACACCUACUUCUGCCAGGCUGCACGGCAGCUCUCCUGUGUGCCCUCUUCGCAGCUGUGCGUCAAGCUGGCCAGCGGAGGGGACCCCACCUAUGCCUUCAACAUCCGCUUCACCGGGGAAGAGGUGCACGGCACCAGUGGCUCCUUCCGUCACUUCCUGUGGCAGGUGUGCAAGGAGCUUCAGAGCUCAGCCCUCUCCCUCCUGCUGCCCUGCCCCAGCGCCGCGGCCAACCGGAACAAGGGGAAGUACAUCCUGACGCCCUGCCCCAUCAGCUACGCCGAGGAGCAGCUGCUGCACUUCUUCGGCCAGCUGCUGGGCAUCGCCAUCCGGGCCGACGUGCCGCUGCCCCUGGACCUGCUGGGCUCCUUCUGGAAGGGGCUGGUGGGCGAGCCGCUGGACCCCGACGCCGACCUGCAGGAGGCCGACCUGCUCACGUACAACUACGUCAAGAAGUUCGAGAGCGUGAGUGAGGAGGCGGAGCUGGAGGCCCUGUGUGCAGAGAUCUCCUCCCAGCACCACACAGGCGAGAGCCCCGAUUCCCCCAGCAGGCCCUGCUGCACCUUCACCUACGUCACCAUGACGGGCGAAGAGGUGGAGCUCUGCCCGGGAGGCCGCAGCCUCAGUGUGAGCUGGGAGAAUAAGGACAUGUACGCCAGGGCAGUGCGGACCCUGCGUCUGCGGGAGCUGGAGAACACGGAGUGCAUGACGGCGGUGCGGGCGGGGCUGGGCUCCAUCAUCCCCCUGCAGCUGCUCACCAUGCUCAGCCCCCUGGAGGUGGAGCUGCGCACCUGCGGCCUGCCCUUCAUCAACCUGGAGUUCCUCAAGGCUCACACCAUGUACCAGGUGGGCCUGAUGGAGACGGACCAGCACAUCGAGUUCUUCUGGACCGCGCUGGAGAUGUUCACCCAGGAGGAGCUCUGCAAGUUCAUCAAGUUCGCCUGCAACCAGGAGCGCAUCCCCUUCACCUGCCCCUGCAAGGACGGGGGCCCCGACACUGCCCACGUGCCGCCCUACCCCAUGAAGAUCGCCCCUCCUGACGGGGCGGCAGGGUCACCAGACUCACGCUACAUCCGUGUGGAGACCUGUAUGUUCAUGGUGAAGCUACCCCAGUACUCUUCUCUGGACGUCAUGCUGGAGAAACUACGCUACGCCAUCCACUACCGAGAGGAUCCCUUGAGUGGCUGAGGGGGUCUCUCACCCCAGCCCCCCC